GGGACAGCACCUUGAUAACAUAACAGAUGCUUCUAGAUCUCAGAAGUCCACAGGCACAGAAGGGUCUUCAGUGACAUCUGGAUGUCAAGAGCAUCUAGCCAAUGGCAGGGCCAAAGAACGGCACAGCAGUAACGAGGUUCAUCCUUUUGGGAUUCUCAGACUAUCCAAGGCUCAGUGUUAUCCUCUUUCUGAUAUUCCUGGUGAUGUACCUUGUGACUUUAGCCUGGAACCUGAGCCUCAUCACCCUGAUCAAGGUUGACUCCCAUCUCCACACACCCAUGUACUUCUUCCUCAGCAACCUGUCCUUUCUUGACAUCUGCUAUGUUUCCUCCACAGUCCCCAAGAUGCUCUCAGACUUCUUCAAGGAGAAGAAGACCAUCUCCUUUGGGGGCUGUACUGCUCAGUACUUCAUUUUUUCUGGCAUGGGACUGACUGAAUGUUGCCUCCUGGCUGCCAUGGCAUAUGAUCGUUAUGCCGCUAUCUGCAACCCACUGCUCUACACAUCGAUCAUGUCUCCUACCCUCUGCGUGUGGAUGGUGGCUGGAUCAUAUAUGUGUGGAUUCUCUGGUUCCUUCAUCCAGCUGUGUUCAUUACUUCAACUCUAUUUCUGUGGGCCAGAUGUGAUUAAUCAUUUUUUCUGUGAUCUGCCUCAGCUGCUGGUCCUGUCCUGUUCUGAUACCUUGGCCCUACAGAUACUCAAGUUUGUGAUGGCAGUGGUCUUUGGGGUACUAUCUGUCCUCAUCAUUAUGGUUUCUUAUGGUCAUAUUGUUGAGGCCAUCCUGAAGAUUAGCUCUGCCCAAGGUCGGUCCAAGGCCUUUAACACUUGUGCUUCUCACCUGAUGGCUGUGACUCUAUUCUAUGGCUCCGGCCUCUUUGUUUACCUGCGUUCCAGCUCCAGUGACUCCUUCAGCCAUGACAAGGUGGCAUCUAUUUUCUAUACAAUGAUCAUCCCCAUGCUGAAUCCUUUGAUCUAUAGCCUGAGGAACAAAGAGAUCAAAGAAGCACUGAAGAGGUGGGAGAAGAGAGUACUUGCCUAAGAAGCGUUUGGUUCUAGAGUGUUGGACAGGCUGGGAUACUGCUACCUUGGGCUUAGAGGGCUGUGUAUAGGAAAUGGAAUCACAGUUGUUACAGCCACAUUUCACACUGCUGGCCACUAGGCUGAUACUGGUCCACCAUAAAGAACAGGACUUCGGCAAUUCUGUACUCUUUCCAGUAGUUCCUUACCCAAAUACCAAAUGAUGCUCAAGGAAAAUGCCAAGCUCUUUUGUUCUCCAAGAGCUUCACACCUCUGUCUUCCAGCUCUGCCUGUUCUGUGGGUGGUAGUGUUGUUCACUCAUUUGUUAAAGGGACUGGUCUGUGUGAUUUUGUUUAAUUAGCCUCUUACAAUAGCUGAAGCUCCCAUACACUGGGAAAACUCUACUACCCUACUCUUGUAUGUAUUUCAGUAAGCCCUAAUCACUUGAAAAUGGAAUAAUGGAAUCAUGGGAUUAUAAUAGCAUAGAUUUGGAACGGAAAGAAACCUUUAAAGUUAACCAGUGCAACCUCUUUCUUUACAAAUGGAACAUCAAAUACUUGCCUAAGGUCACACAAGUAAUAAGUGUAAGAAUCCAGAUUUGAACCCAGGUCCUCCAUCUCCAAAUCCAUGGUUGUUUACAUUGAGCCAUAAGCAUGGUUCAACAGAAUAUAGUCUUUGUUCCU